AUGGGAAAGGAAAAAGAACAAGUGAAGUCUACUGAAGGAGCCGAGGCCAGCGUACAGGUUCCAGAAGAGGAUGAGGAAUAUAUGGAUGAAGAGGCUUUUGAGAAGAUGGUUGAGCUCUAUACAGACCCAGAACCAGUCUUAGAUGAAGAAAUGCUAAAUAUUGAUGAUCUCAUGGAGGAGGAACAGGAGCUUGAACGAAAGGAAAAAGAAAGGGAGAGCUCAAAUAAGAAAAGGGAGCUUCAACAGAACACAGAGAGGAUGGAGACUCGGGGAGAAAGAGAGGAAGAGGAUAUAAGGGGCCAACAGAUGAAGAAAGCAGUGGGGAAGAGAAGUCCCAAUGUCGUCGUACCUAAUCAGCCUCGUGCUGGAUCUACUGUGGUGGGCGCAUCAAUCGAUCGGGACCAGGAAGGGACUCUCCAACGUGAAGGGAAGAGAAAGAAAGUGCCAAGAAGUCCAGAGAUCAAAGGCACAACUGCAUCGAAGAAGCUAGCCCUUCGUGGUUGUGCAUCUCCAAACAGUAAGGUAACGCGACAGAGCCGUCUCAACAUGGUGCGGCCUACAUCCCAAUUCCCUCGCAAUGAGGUGUAUCCUUCUGCCUUAAACGGCAAGAACCCCAGUGUACCAGGUUCGGUGGUGUCCCAGAAACCACCCAAAACAAAAAAUGUUUUUUCUUUUAUGCAAGACUUUCAGUUUGAGUUUGGUUACGAUAAUUUAUUUACCGUGGAACCUUCUGGUACAAGCGGUGGUUUGGCUUUGCUUUAUAUGAACGACUCUGCGGUGAAGUUUGUUUAUUCCAAUAAUCGUAUGAUUGAUGUUGAAGCGCAGAUAGAAGGCCAUAAAGUAUAUCUUACUUUUGUGUAUGGCGAUCCAGUGGUGGAGUACCAGAAUUUUGUUUGGGAGAGGCUUACCCGAAUGAGCGUCACAAGAUCAGGAGCUUGGAUGAUGGUAGGAGAUUUCAACGAGAUUACGAGUAAUGCCGAGAAGAAAGGAGGACGAAAGAGAGCUGAGACGUCAUUUAUCCCGUUCAAGACUAUGCUAGCCAACUGUGGCAUGUUAGAGUUUCCCUACAAGGGUAAUGCCAUGUCAUGGGCAGGAAGGAGGAAAAAUGGACGCAUUCAAUGUCGUCUCGACAGAGCAGAUGGGUUUGUGGCGGCUGUUAAAGAGGGAUGGGGACCCUAUGAUCGCCAUCAACAAGGAGACCUGGUGGGGAAAAUUUCUCGGUGCAGAAAGGCGAUUUCUUCUUGGAAGAGAAGUAAUCCAUCAAAUAAUGAGAAGUUGAUUGAGCAACUAAAGAUGCAAAUCGACCAAGCUCAAGCAAAUGAUGAGGUGUCGAGUGAAGAAGAAUUGGAGCUGAAGUGGCGUCUUUGUGCAGCGUACAGAGAAGAUGAGAUUUAUUGGAGACAAAAGAGCAGAGCUCUCUGGCUCAAAGAAGGUGAUCGAAAUACUAAAUAUUUCCAUGCUAAAACUAAACAGAGGCGGGCCAGAAACAGGAUUACAAAACUCAAAAACUCGAUGGGAGCAUGGGUGGAAACAGAAGAGGAAAUAGAGCAAGUGGCAGUGGAAUAUUUUGAAAAUAUAUUUGCUACCUCGAACCCUUCUGAUUUUGAGACUAGCAUCCGGUUUAUUACCGAGAGAGUGACAAAUGAAAUAAACGUAAUGCUGACUGCCCCUCCAUCAGAUGCUGAGAUAAAAGACGCUGUCUUCGCGAUCAACCCAGAUAAGGUCCCGGGACCUGAUGGGAUGACAAGCCUAUUUAAUCAACGGUUUUGGAAUCAUAUUGGGAAGGAUAUUAUGUGUAUAGUCCGAGAAUUUUUCGAGACAGGAGAGUUUGAUGAAAGAAUGAAUCAGACAAACAUCUGUUUGAUUCCCAAGAAUGAGAGACCGGCUAAUAUGGCAGAGUUCAGGCCCAUAAGCCUUUGCAAUGUUAGCUAUAAAAUCAUCUCGAAGAUUUUGUCGGCUCGCCUAAAGAAGAUUCUGCCUGAGCUAAUAUCUGAAACACAAUCAGCCUUUGUGGCUCGACGACUCAUCACUGAUAAUAUUUUGGUGGCCCAAGAGAUGUUCCACGCUCUACGAACGAACCAGAGUUGUAACUCAAAAUAUGUAGCUAUCAAGACGGACAUGAGCAAAGCAUACGAUAGAGUGGAAUGGGGUUUUCUCAAAGCUCUGAUGGAAAAGAUAGGAUUUGAUCAGAGAUGGAUCCAUUGGAUCAUGAGCUGUAUAUCUUCGGUAUCUUAUCAAGUUCUGAUUAACAGGGAUGCAAAAGGAAGCAUCACCCCAUCCCGGGGACUCCGGCAGGGCGACCCGCUAUCGCCAUUUUUAUUUAUUCUCUGCACUGAAGUAUUGAUAUCUCAAAUCCAGGAGGCAGAGAGAUCAAAGAAGAUUACUGGAAUGAAGAUCGUUCGAUCUUGCCCGGCUGUUUCUCAUCUUCUUUUUGCUGACGACAGUCUCUUCUUUUGCAAAGCGGAGUCCAGUCAGUGUCAAGAGUUGAUGAGAAUAAUUGACGUCUAUGGAUACGCCUCAGGACAACAACUGAAUAAAGAAAAAUCUUCAGUUAUGUUCGGUUCUAAGGUCAUAGCGUCCUCAAAACAAGACCUGAAAAGGUUAUCUGGCAUAAUAAAGAAGGAAGAAUGGGUAUGGAGGUUGCUUAUCUACCCGGACUCGCUAUUGGCAAGGGUUUUGAAAGGACGAUACUAUCGUCAUUCAAAUCCUCUGCUAGUGGGGAAAGCUAACAAUCCAUCAUAUGGGUGGAGCAGCUUAUGGACUGCGAGAUCAGUGUUGGGCGAAGGCCUGCAACGUACGAUUGGGACGGGAGCAGAUACAAACGUUUGGGAGGAUUGCUGGAUCCCAGAAGAACUAGCACGACUGGCCCUUCUGGUGGGAGAUGAAAUAGACCGAGAUCUGAGAGUGCAUCACCUGAUCAUUCACGAGACAAAAUGUUGGAAUGAGCCACUUAUCAGAGAACUCAUCGUGCCGGAAGAUGUGGGAAAAAUCCUGGCGAUUAGACCAAGUCGUAUAGGGAGAAGAGAUGGCUAUCUCUGGAAGCAUACGAAGUCAGGAGCUUACACGGUGAGGUCAGGGUAUGAAGUGGUGAAUGCAAAACGGAAAGAAGAUCUACUAACAGAGGUACAAGAGCCGAGUAUAACGAAGCUAAAGAGUGGAGUUUGGAACUUGAAAACAUCAAGAAAAAUCAAACACUUUAUUUGGCAAGCUCUAUCUGGUUUUGUACCAUCGGCGAGCAGAUUGUGUGAUCGACAUUGUGCUACAGACAGAUCAUGUUCCCGUUGUGGUGCGGAGGAGCCGAUCAACCAUAUCUUAUUUGAAUGCCCUCCGGCAGUCCAAUGCUGGGCAUUGUCAAAUAUCCCAACUCAUCCGGGCGAAUUCCCGUGUAGUUCUCUAUACACUAAUAUAGAUCACUUGAUGUGGAGAGCAGCUGAGUUUGGUGUCCCAAAGGAGUGUUUAGAACCCUUUCCUUGGGUGUUGUGGUACCUAUGGAAAGGACGAAACAACAAAUUAUUUAAUGGGGAAGAUACCUCUUCGUUAGAUUCGUUGCAGCUCGCACUUUCUGAAGCAAGGAGCUGGAAGAUGGCACAGAUCGUCCCUGUAAUAGAAGAUGAAGUCGGUGCAGAAGAUCAACGAGAAGACAGGGUUACAACGACCGCCGCGGAAGGAAGAGAACCUAGAGAAACACGAUGUCAAGUAGAUGCAUCGUGGACUCAAGAGGGGGCGACGAUGGGAUUGGGCUUUAUGGUGCUGGAAGGCGAUCGUAAAUGCUUGUUGGGGCUACGCAAUUGCACAAAAGCUCCAUCGCCACUUCACGCAGAAGGAGAAGGACUGGUCUGGGCGAUGAAAGCGAUGAUAUGA